AUGCCCAUCUUCCCCACAGUGGAUCACGUGCACUUCCAGGCGGAGUUCUACCAGCGGACGGACCAGUCCCAGCAGGGGUCAGGGGAGUUUGUGCAGGGGUUCGACCAGGACGAGAUGUUCUAUGUGGACCUGGAGAGGAAGGAGACCGUCUGGCGCCUGCCCGACUUCGGCAAGUUCGCCAGCUUUGACGCACAGUUUGCCCUGCGCAACGUCGCAAUAACCAAGAGCAACCUGGAGCUCAUGAUCAAGAGCACCAACCAGACGCAGGCCGAGAAUG